AUGAAAGACUUAAAGAGACGCGGAGCCUUGCUGCUUUGCGGGUUACUGACGGCGGGCAUCGCGCCGGGAACGCGGGCGCAGCCGCCCGAUAGCUAUGCGAUUUCACCGGAUCGCCCCGCCACCCAAACAAAGGAGCAGAUGCGGCAACUGGUCGCCCCGAUAGCGCUGUACCCGGAUGCGCUGGUGGGGCAGAUACUCGCCGCCUCGCUGUAUCCCGCGCAGAUUGUGCAGGCUAAUCGCUGGCUGAAAGACCAUUCUGACCUUAAGGGCGAACAACUGGCGCAGGAAGUCAACCGGCAGAGCUGGGAUCCCAGCGUCCGGGCGCUGACGCAGUUUCCCGACGUGCUGGCGAACCUUGACUCGAACCUGUCGUGGACUUCCUCACUGGGCGACGCUUAUGUCAAUCAGCCGCAGGACGUUUUGAACGCCGUGCAGGACUUGCGGAAGAAGGCCGAGAAAUCGGGCAGUUUGAAAAGCAACGCGCAGGAAAAAGUGACGACGCAGGGGCAGACGAUUAUCAUUGAACCGGCGAACCCGCAGGUCGUGUACGUACCGACCUACGAUCCCUGGCUUGCCUACGGCUAUGCUAUUCCUGUGUACCCCGGCUGGUAUCCCUAUGGCGGGCUUUACGUUAACCGGCCUGGCAUCUCCUUUGGCAUCGGGUUCGGCGUGGGCGCGUUUUUGGGGUUCGGAUGGGGCUGGAAUCACUGGGGCGCGGACUGGCAUCACAACACGAUUAUUUACAACCAUAACACGUACAUCAACCGCAGUAACACAAACAAUACGACGUUUAACCAUUACGGCGGGUACCGGCCCGGCGGCGCGGGUUAUGCGGGUAUAAGACCAUAUACGGCGCCGCAUUUCAACUACGGCAGUCAUUCCAGCGCGUUCAGUGGCUAUAAUCAUGGCGGCGUGACGCAGAGCUACUCCACGCGGGGCCACGUCAGUCUGGGCGGCGGCGUCAGCGGAGGCUAUCGGGGCAGCGCGGGCGGUGUUAGCGGCGGAUUUCAUGGCAGGAUAAUGCCGCUCCAACUUACCGGACAUCAGAACCCACAGGAGGGAAAAUCCAUGACGAGGAAGCGAUUCACGAUGGGCGAAGCGUUGCGGUUUGCGGCGGCGCUGACGGUUUUUCCGGGAACGUUUUGCGCGGCGUCGGCUUCGGCGCAGCAGCCGAACCAGAGAGUUUUUGCGACCACAGCGCAGGCCGGUCACGCGCUUGUGAUGGCCCUUCAGAACCAGGAUAAGCAGGCGCUGAAGUCGCUUUUCGGAACCAGAACGGCGUUGCUCGCAUCCGAUGACGGGCUUCAGGACGGGCGCGACCGGGAGCGUUUUCUGACGAAGUACCGGGAAAUGCACCGGCUUGUGAAGGAGCCGGACGGCAGGGUCUUGCUGUAUGUCGGCGCGGAGAACUGGCCGUUUCCCGUGCCGCUGAUGGCCGCCAAAAACGGCUGGUACUUCGACACGGACGCGGGCAUGGAAGAGAUGGCGUGCCGGAACAUUGGCGCGAACGAAAUGAACGCGAUGCGCGAGGCCAAGGCAUAUGCGCGGGGGCGGGCGACGCUGGCGGCGAACGGCAAAACGCUGCGCAACGGCUAUUAUUUCUGCGCGGCCCCCGGCGGUGUGAACGGCGCUGGCGGCGUGGCGCUGGCGGCCUAUCCUGCGGAGUACCGGGUCACGGGCGUAAAGACGUUUCUGGUCAGCGCAAAGGGCGUCGUUUACGAGAAAGACCUGGGCGUGAACACAGCCAGGCGGGUGAAGGCCAUGACGCGCUACCGGGUAGAUUCGUCGUGGACUGCGGCGCGGUAA